CUACUGAGAGGAAAACCAAGACCCACAUUAAGUUUGCAUUAUGCUCCACGUUGGAUUUCAAGGCAUACCCAAAUCUUUGUUCUUUGGAUUGCUUUGAGAGAUACAGGAAUUGAUCAGAUGUAUGGUAUGUGUCAUCAUUGUGGUGCUGACCUUACAAAGUGUAAAGAGGAGAAAGGAAAAGAGGAGAAUGGAAUUGCUUUACAUUUUAAUAAUGGAGGCCCUCUUUGGUCCUGUAAAGUUUGUUUGGAGAAGCAUGGAGGACGGCAACCACUAAUACAGGAUGGUACAAGUCCUUCUUAUACGCCAACUAUUAGUCCAACUACAUCCUUGUCAAGCAGUGAUCGUUCUUACUCAGGCUCCAGUGAUUUUUCUGUUGACAUAAACUCAUGUGAUAGACGUGAUCAAGAGGAAGGUACCGUGGACCAUAAUCAUGAGAGUCCAAAUAACAAGCCAAACAGCCGGUUGCAGAAUAGUUCACAAGGUUCAAUGAAUAGAGUUGGUGAACCAAAUUCAGUGGCAGAAAACAGCUUGAAAGAUGGCAGAAUUAGCAAUUAUAUGGAUGUUGUGAGAGAUGUGGAGAUAGUUGAAUCCAGUAAUGAUCAAGAAGCAAAAGAUGUUGAAAAUGUGACUAGGUCCUCUGAUAAAGAGGCUGGGAUUUCUCAAUCUAGUGAUUCUGAAAUGGAUUGCCAUAUUUGGGAUCCACCAGAACCUGAAGAUCCAGAGGAUGACUUGGAGCAUACUGUAGCUUAUGAUGAUGAUGAAGAUGAUGAUAGAGAGUGGAACAAGUCAAGUUCUUUGAGUCAUAUGAAGGAUGAGAGCAGUGGUAGAUUCAAGUUUAAAGAGGAAAAACGAAAAGCAAUGGAAGAAAUAAUGAAUGGGAAGUUCAAAGCUGUUGUGAGUGAGCUUUUUGAAUCUAUGGGUAUUGCCAGUUCUGUGAAGGAUGGUGAAAGUUGGGUGGAUAUUGUUACUUCCUUAUCAUGGGAAGCUGCUUCAUUUCUGAAGCCUGAUUCCAAUGAUGGCAAGACAUUGGAUCUAGAUGGCUAUGUGAAAGUGAAAUGCAUAGCAACUGGUUCUCGUGGCCAAAGUCAAUUAAUCAAAGGAUUGGUCUUUAAAAAGCAUGCAGCUCACAAGCACAUGCCGACUCAGUACAAGAACCCAAGGUUGUUACUAAUCCAAGGAAUGUCGGGUCAUUCUUCUAGUGGUUUGUUAUCGCUUGAUUCUAUGGAUCAGGAAAGAGGUCAUCUGAAGACUCUUAUUGAGAUAAUAGAUGUAUUGCAUCCAAAUGUGAUCUUGGUGGAGAAAACUGUUUCACGUGAUGUAAAAGAGUUGAUUCUAGUCAAAGGAGUCACACUGGUCUUUGAUAUGAAGCUUCACCGUCUAGAGCGAGUUGCUCGCUGUACUGGCUUGCAAAUCAUAUCUCCUGAGACUUUAAUGAAUCAGAAGUUAAAACCGACUGAUUUGGUUAAGCAAUGUGACUCCUUUCAUAUUGAAAAGUUUAUUGAGGAACAUGCUGCUCUUGGUGAAGGGGGCAAGUGCCCAAGUAAAACAUUGAUGUUCCUGGAGGGUUUGCCAACACAUUUGGGUUGCACGAUUUUGCUGAAAGGAAGUCAUUCUGAUGAACUAAAGAGAAUUAAGUCUGUGGUGCAAUAUACUGUUAUAAGGGCAUAUCAUUUGAUCCUUGAGACUUCUUUCCUUUUUGAUCAGAGGGCAAUGUUCUCUACCAUUCCUUUUGCACAAGUAGCAGAUAGUGUGCCAAUUUUUCAACAAUCUCAUGCAUUAGAAAUUGCUAACUUAAGUAGUUCUGUUGAUGAGCCUACUGAAGCUGUGGCUGAGCCAUAUACAAUUGAUAUUCCUAUUUCCAAUGGGUACCAUGACUGUGACUUGCACCUAACUGCGAAUGUGGAAGGUGAAAAAAUUGGGAACGGGGUAUUAGACUACAGCUCAGCAAUAUCUUCUGAGCCAUAUAAUCCAGCUAUUCUUUCUAGGUUGUCAUCUCUUUCAGCUUCUAUUAAAAAAGUUACGGGGAAGAAUUUACCUAUUGCAUCGGCUGCUCCUUACGAUUCAUUAUAUUCAUAUUUUGGGUUCAAUGGAAGGGAUUCCAUUGAUCAGAUUACAGAAACAGUUCCAGUAUUGGAAACUUCUGAGGUGUCAAACCAUUGUGAUGUGGAGGCUAAUGGAAAUUGUACUGAAGAGAAAUGUGUUGCAGAUGGUCAAGCUUCUUUAUCAGCUUCCCAUGAAGACCCAGUUAAGGACAUAGAUAAUCUUUAUAAUGAUGACAAAAUGCAAAGCAAGGAGGACAUCAAUACAGUUCUGGAUUCACAAAGUAUCUUAGUUCUUAUGUCUAGUCGAAAUGCUUUAAGAGGAACUAUUUGUGAGCAGAUCCAUUUUUCUCACAUAGUGUUUUACAGGAAUUUUGAUGUUCCUCUUGGGAAGUUCUUGCGUGACAAUCUACUCAAUCAGAGAAGGCAGUGUGGCACAUGUGGUGAAUUGCCAGAAGCUCACUUUUACUAUUAUGUACAUCAUAAUACGCAGUUAACAAUACAAGUUAAACGGCUUCCUAAUGAGAAGCCUCUGCCUGGAGAGGCUGAUGGAAGACUUUGGAUGUGGAGUCGUUGUGUCAAGUGUGAAACUGGGAAUGGAAUUUCAAAAUCUACAAAGAGGGUGCUAAUUUCGAAUGCUGCUUGUGGUCUUUCAUUUGGAAAGUUCUUAGAGCUUUGCUUUUCUGAGAACUCUUCAUCUAGUAGAUUAGCCAGUUGUGGUCAUUCUAUGCUCUACUUCUUUGGGUUAGGUCCCAUGGUUGCAAUGUUUAAAUACUCUUCAGUUGCCAGUUAUACUGUGUCUCUGCCUCCACGGAAGCUGGAAUUUAACAAUUCUAUCAGAUCAGACUGGCUAAAAGAAGAAUGUGAAAAGGUGUAUUCAAAUGGGAUGCUAUUCUUCAGAGAAGUGGGAAGCUAUUUGUCAAAGAUAAGAUCUCAGUUAACUGGCUCAACUCUUAACCUCAAAGGCUCAUUGAAAGAAUUCUCUGAUGUUGAGCAGAUAUUAAAACUGGAAACUUCUGAAUUUGAGGCCAAAAUUUUGAAUAUUGCUGCCAAAAACGGGAGUCCAAACCAGGAAUCUUACAAGCUUCUUAGCUUGAACUGGAUAAGGUGGGAACUUCUGCUGGAAUCGUGCAUUUGGGAUCGACGUAUUCAUUCACUUAUCUUGCCCGAUCCUACAGUAGUAAUUGCUGGUUCAUCUAAGAAAACAGUGCAGGAAAAAUUGAAGCUGGAGAUGGACAGCCCUGCUGCUGUAGGAAAUUUGAUGACUUCAACUAACCCUCUAAAUGGUGAAGAAGGUUCAAAUGAUAUGGGCAGUGUGAAAGGUAAUUUUGUUACAUCUUCAGUUGGACAUGAAUUUCAAUAUGAUGAAAUGGAAGUCAAAAAACCUGACCAAGUAUCUGAAAGAUGUAAUGGUGUCCAUGAUACCUCUACUGUGGCUGAGGAUAUUGAGAAGCCAAAAGACAAUGCAGUUUUGCUUCAACAUGCAGAUGAUAACAAUUCUGUAGCAGAGAAGGUGCCUAUAUCAAAUCAUUUGGAUGUGGUAAGAACAAUUCCAAUUUCUACGGAUCUUGAUAGCAUUGAUUGUGCUGUUGAUUUAAAUGAAUCUAGAAAUGGUGGAUCCCCAUGCCCGCUGCUUUCCUGCCUGGAAAAUUCAAAUGGUUGGUUCUGGAUGCCAUUUUCUGAAAUCAGGAAGAUAUAUAUGAAGGAUCUUCAAAGAGGUUUUGUGCCAAAGUUUGAAUGUGUUAGCAACUAUCAAGAACACAUGCCCACAGGCUAUCAGCUGAUCAAUGAGGAAGGUUCACGGCUACAUAUCCCUGUGGGAGAUGAUUCUAUUGUGUCAGACUUUGAUGGUGAACUCUCAAGUAUAAUUGCUUGUGCGCUAGCCUUGCUAAAAGACUCCUCAAAUGUGGAUAACAAGAAAGAAAAAAUAGUUGAAAGUGCACAUGGCCUAAUUCGUAUUCCAACCUCAACUUCACAUCCGUCGUUUAGUUCUUCCUCGGAUUCUGAUUCAGUCCACUCUACUCAAAGCUCUUCUUCAGAAAAGCCUCACUUCUCCAGUUUUGAUGGAUUGAGCUUGUUGGAUUCUCCAGUUCCUCCAGAAGCAUUUAACCAGGAAGUUUCCCUUGGGGCUAACAGAUCCCUUGGAAAGGGUAAAUACUCUGUGAUAUGUCUAUAUGCCAAUCAGUUCCGUGAUCUACGGAACCGUUGCUGCCAUUCAGAGCUUGAUUUUAUUUCUUCCCUCUGCCGCUGUAAAAAUUGGGAUGCCAAAGGAGGAAAGAGUAAAUCUUUUUUUGCUAAAACAAUUGAUGACAGAUUUAUCAUAAAGGAAAUUAAGAGGACAGAAUGUGAUUCAUUUCAGAUGUUUGCUCCACAUUAUUUCGAGCACAUGAAUAAAUCAUUCAAAUCUGGGAACCAAACUUGCCUUGCUAAAGUUCUUGGCAUUUAUCAGGUAAUCAUCAGACAAACUAAAAGUGGGAAAGAGUUGAAGCAUGAUCUUAUGGUGAUGGAGAACCUUACCUUUGGUAGAAACAUUUCCCGCCAGUAUGAUCUUAAAGGCGCCUUACAUGGUCGAUUCAAUUCAGCUGCUGAUGGUUCCAGAGAUGUUCUUUUGGAUCAGAACUUUGUCAAUGACAUGAAUUCCUCUCCAUUGUAUGUUAGUAACAGAGCAAAACGUCUCUUGCAGCGGGCUGUAUUUAAUGAUACAACUUUCCUCAAUGCAAUAAACGUGAUGGAUUAUUCUUUACUUGUGGGGGUAGAUUCCCAGCGCCGGGAGCUUGUAUGCGGGAUUAUUGAUUAUCUGAGGCAGUACACUUUGGACAAGAAACUGGAGACAUGGGUUAAGUCUUCUCUUGUUGUUCCUAAGAAUGUGUUGCCUACUGUAAUCUCUCCUAAGGAGUACAAGAAAAGAUUCAGAAAAUUCAUGUCGACAAACUUUCUCUCACUCCCAGAUCAAUGGUGCACACCUGGUUCCACUGAUCCUUGCCAGCUCGGAGGUGAUGAUCUAUCUCUAUCUAAACCCGAAAACAUGGACGUUGACAUGAAUGGUUCGCCCGCCUAAACAAUCCGUUUCUCAUUCAUUCUUCUUCAUUUAAUCAGCGUUUCAUUCUUACAGCCAUACAUUAUCUGUAUAUAUUCUUCUCCCUGUUAUUCUGCAAUUUUUAGCAAAUUUCUGGGGGUAGCAUCAUAUCUAUAGGUCUACCAUAUCCAUCUCAUGUAUCGAUCAUCUGUAUAGCCUUUCGAGAAAAUGUAGAGAUAAGCGGAUGUUUGAAACGUCAAUGAAAAGCAGCAACUAUUUCUGCACC